AUGGCAUCGAAAGGAAGGGUGACAGAUGCUGACGGGCAACGGUGGGACAACAGCGGGUGGCCGCAUUACGGUGCAUUGACAUGGAAAUACAUUUACCUGGGACAGGCUCAUAUGGACGGUUUGCGGGAAAUAGGCCGAGCUGUACGCGUGGAAGCUUGCGGAAGGCUUGCGGAAGCAAGUGUUCCGCGGAAGCUGAUUGCGGAAUUUGUUGUUGCGACCUUGGCGAAGCUGCGCGCAAGCUGCGAAGCGCUGCGCGGAAGCUGCGCGGAAGCUACGCGGAAGCGACUGGAGUAUGUGGAUGUACGGCCCAAUCUGUCUGAUGCAGUAAUGAAGUUGGACAGGCCCGUGGAAGUCCACGGGCGCUUGCGUUCUUUGCCAAAGGUUUUUUGGAUUGACUGCCGUCUGCCCUGCUUUCUCUACCUCGCAGCUACCGCGCUGGACUGGCUCUUGGGCUUUGUUGCGCCUGCGAAAAACUUGCAAACUUUGAGCUGUGGCUUCUGCAUUCCCACUGUGCAGGCCUCUGAUGCAGAGACUCACGUCCGGGCGGUUCUGGACAGUCAGGGGAUGCAGCAGUUAUUGGAGGGCGAGGAGUUGGAGCAGAUGCUGCCUGUCAACCACUCGCAGGCAGGUGUCGAAAUUGUCUGGAUCUCCAGGCUUUGUGGUAUCUUCGAGACAGUCGAAAUCGGUGCACCGGCCUUGAGGGCCGAUGCGGUCAUCCUCCUGGAGCCCAGUGCGAGAGCCUUCCCUGCCAGCUCCCAAAACAUCCGAAGCCGAGCGGAGUUUGUGCGAGCCUUGCUAGAGUAUGUGGUGAAGGCUCUUAAACUUAUCACGGUCGUUUCCUCUGUUCUCCUGCUCGAAAGUGACAUCUUGCCCGUUGUUGAAGGUUUGUAUGUUCGUUUCUUUGAGGCACAUGCCAAAUGGCUCUUGAACGGGGCAACAGCGCAAGGCGCAGUGAAGGUUUCAGAAGGUGAGGUCAGUGACAAUCUGGAAGUCGCCAUCGAGGUCAUCCCGCACAGGGGAUCCGUGGCUAUCUACGCUGCCUGCGAUCCAAAUAGGUGCCCCAUGGUACCGCGAGGGGGUGGCUUCAUAUGCAUGGCUCUGCUGGAUGGCAAGCGAGCUUGGACAAGGCCAGAUAUUGAGAUGCUGGCUUCGACAGAUGCCUUUUGCAUCGCGCGAGCAUUUGGUGGAUGCGCGCUGAUCGGGCAGGUGAAUGGGCUCCGGCUCCCCCGCUACCAUGCGCUGCCGCGCGCUGCCUCUGACAAAGUGAUUUUCCGGCGCAAGCUGUUACCACGGCUCCCUGCAAAGGAAACGCCUCGGGGUGGUGAACUCGCUUGGGACACCAGUGUCCCUUUCGAGCCGCCUUGCCGCGUCCAGGACCGCAGACCUCAAACUGCAGAACGCUCUGUGCCACUUUCGGUGGUUUCGUUCCCAGCACAGUUGUGCCUGCGGGCUCGUGGGGAGACCCCGGGACCGCUUGGACUCUUCGGGUCGCCUGAGGCCCUGGUCAUUCCCUUGGAAACACAAGAUGCUGUUAAGGACAUAGUGGCUGCCUGUGCCAAAGGCACAGCUCCGGUUAUGGAUGGUUCUUGUCUCACCCUUUGGACUCUCGUGGAAGCGAGAAGCCAGGCCAUGCAGUUGGAGCCGAUAGCAGCACGAAGGAUAAACCGGAGCCUAGCAGUCGAGCCCAUCGAACUUGUGGCAGAGCGACAAGGAGAUGGACCUCGAGAAGGGCCGAUCCGCUUCGGCGAGGGUUUCCGAUUGCGAGCUGCUGGAUGUGGAGCCCUGUAUCUAGGCUACCCGGGCAGCGACGGACUUUGCUGGAAGUCUGGAGAUGAGCCGCUGACACCACCAGCGGGAACACGAUUCUCUGCUCAUGGUGGAGAACUAGGGGCGCCUUUAAGCUUUGGUCGGCCAGUGUCGUUGCGAUGGGUGCCAACUCCCCCGCCAUCCGAAGCCACAGAAAGCGAUUUGGAAGACGACGAAAGGCCUUUGGCUUCCGAAUCCGAGGAAGCCUCGCAUCGGCCUUGCCGAGGUGCAGCUCGCGACUUGCUGCCUGAAGCUGCCAGGUAUGCUCAGGAGGGACUCUACUCCCGCGUUGCAGACAAGGCUGAUUCAGCAGUACCUGUUGUUUUUCUUCCGCUAUGCACUGAUGCGCUGAAUUGA